CGGAGUCGGACGCUGGGGGCGGACGCGAAUACUGGAGGACCCUAGCAGCGGCCCGUGGGGACGGCGCUCGGCUGCGGCCUCCGGCCAUGGCCACCGUAAUGGCAGCGACGGCGGCGGAGCGGGCGGUGCUGGAGGAGGAGUUCCGCUGGCUGCUGCACGACGAGGUGCACGCGGUGCUGAGGCAGCUGCAGGACAUCCUCAAGGAGGCCUCUCUGCGCUUCACUCUGCCAAGCUCAGGCACUGAGGGGCCCGCCAAGCAAGAGAACUUCAUCCUAGGCAGCUGUGGCACAGACCAGGUGAAAGGCGUGCUGACUCUGCAGGGGGAUGCCCUCAGCCAGGCGGACGUGAACCUUAAGAUGCCCCGGAACAACCAGCUGUUGCACUUCGCCUUCCGGGAGGACAAGCAGUGGAAGCUGCAGCAGAUCCAGGAUGCUAGAAACCAUGUGAGCCAAGCCAUUUACCUGCUCACCAGCAGGGAUGAGAGCUACCAGUUCAAGACGGGCGCUGAGGUCCUCAAGCUGAUGGACGCAGUGAUGCUGCAGCUGACCAGAGCCCGAAACCGGCUCACCACCCCUGCCACCCUCACUCUGCCCGAGAUCGCCGCCAGCGGCCUCACGCGGAUGUUCGCCCCUGCCCUACCCUCCGACCUGCUGGUCAACGUCUACAUCAACCUCAACAAGCUCUGCCUCACGGUGUACCAGCUGCACGCCCUGCAGCCCAACUCCACCAAGAAUUUCCGCCCCGCCGGAGGCGCAGUGCUGCACAGCCCAGGGGCCAUGUUUGAGUGGGGCUCUCAGCGCCUGGAGGUGAGCCACGUGCACAAGGUGGAGUGUGUGGUCCCCUGGCUCAACGACGCCCUGGUCUACUUCACCGUCUCCCUGCAGCUCUGCCAGCAGCUCAAGGACAAGGUCUCUGUGUUCUCCAGCUACUGGAGCUACAGACCCUUCUGAGCACAGCGCCCAGGAGCCUGUCCUCAGGAAGAUGACCCAAGUCCCUACUGAAACCCGCGCCAGCACCAGCCAACGCCAGGCUGCUGUUUAUCUCCCAUACCGCACCCCUCCCCCACCUAACACAUUUGCACUGCUGGGAGCAGACACUGGAAGUGCCAGGAGGAAGGGAGGCUGGUCUGGUGGGGUGUUGGGGGAGGUCAGGAAGGUGGGGCUGAGAGGGUCCCAUAUUCCCAACCCCGCCUUCCUGGUCACUGUGGGAAUCUUUGAACUCAGGGCAGGGCCAGGCCCAGGGCUCUCCUUCCUCUCCCCUUCACUGUCCCCUCCCCCUGGAGGGCAUAGGUUAGGUGGUGGCACUGAGCUAUGAGUCCCAGGGGACGGGCAGGAACAGUGCAGACAGAGCCACCCAGGAGCGAAUGUAGCGCUGGUGCCUGUGUGUUCCACAGCCCCGACCCAGGAUCCUCUAAGAAAUAAAGAUUAUCAGACUC